UCGGCGUGCUCCCUUCCCAACCAAAUCAAUUUCUAAAACCCUAACAAUCAGGAAGUUCACCACUUCACCGCCGUGUCAUUUCUUCGCCCUAAACAAAAAAUGGCGAUUUCCCUGAGAAAUUUCUUCUGUAAAAAUGCAAUUCAGCUUCAUUGUCGACUUAUUCUGACACCCACCCCCAGUUUGCAGAAGAGUAUUAGCACAAGCUGCUCAAAGUGCAGACACUACAACGCUUCAAUUCCAGAGAAAUACAUUCCCAAGAAACCUUUGAAUUCCGAAGAAUCCAAGACUCCUUCUUUGUCCGCAAAGAAUCCGGUGGAUGUAGGAAAGCAUAAUAGUGUGAACCGGAACUCCAAAAGAGCUGAGCUUCAUUAUGGGAUGGAGAAAGAAAUUGAUGGUGAUUUCAGGUUUGAAAACUGUGAAUUCUUGGAAGAGACUGAAGAGAUCAUAUCGGAUUUUAAUGAUCACCAUGCAUCUAGGCAAGAUGUGGAAAGAGUAGCAAUUCAAUUACUUGCUGCAAGAGCUUUAACAGCUGUAGAGCUUAAGAAGAAACUCCAAGGAAAGAGAUUUCCAGUUCAUACUAUUGAUUCGGUGAUAACAGACCUGUGCACCAGGGGUCUAAUUAAUGAUUGCUUAUACGCAGAAACUUAUACGAGAUCUAGAUGGUCUUCCUUAAGUUGGAGUCCAAGACGAAUUAAACAAGCCUUGAUCAAGAAGGGAGUAAAUGAAAUGGAUGCAGACGGGGCAAUAAAACUGGUAUUCAAGGAUAGUGAAACCGGAGAAGAGCAAGAAUCAGGGGUUGGUAUGUCCAAGCUUUCAUUGGAUCAUCUUCUUGUCCAGGCCUCUAAACAAUGGCUACGGAGUCGCGAUGCACCUAGAGAGACACGGAAAUCAAGAGUUAUCCAUUGGCUUCAGUACCGUGGCUUUAACUGGAGUGUCAUUAAUUUCGUGCUGAAGAAGUUAGAAUCCAAACAUCCUUCCUAAAGCCCAUGCCAUCAAUGAUAUCAACAUCGACUAAAACCUCGGGUUUUAGACACUUGCCUUUCUACACCUGGGGUCAACAGGCAAGACGGGUUGGGACAUUGCAUGAGAAGAGAAUGUCACUGUGGUCCAUGCAUGAAAGCUUGUUUUGCAUGAUUGUGGUUGGCAUAAUAGGGGUCCAGUUUGGCCUGGAAUUAUUGUUGUGAUGAGAUUAGGUGGCAGUUGAUGGAAUCAUUAAUUGGGGAAAACUACAAUUGUUAUGUCUUUGUGCAGCCUGCAAUUUGUAGUUGGCAUAUGAUGUGAAUGUAGAGUGUGUAUAUUAUGGCGAAGUAAUUGUAAAGGACCGAAAAUGGUCCCUAACUAGUUCUGCAAAUUUGACAUUUCAUCAGAAAUGGUACUGCAAUUGAAGUUGAGAACAUUACAAUUCCA